AUGAUGCGCAUAGGAAAACGUCUUGUGUUUUCCUUGUUUUGUGGAUCUCUCAGUAGGCAAUUUUGUGCCACUAGAAAGGGAGCCCUUCAUCAUCCCUGUUUAGGGUGCCUGGAUCUGAGUGUAGGUCUGCUGACCGUGGGCGGUGGGAUUGAAGCAGCAGGCUCAAACGCGUGCUUCCCUGAAGGAAGCAGCAGAUUCAACAUGGAGAGCCUGCUUUGUGCUGCCAUGGCGCCUUACCUCUGCGUGCUCAGCUUCGUGAUAAUUACAGCAAUCAUAGCGACCACCGCUGAAUUCGCUGAUUGGCUUAAAAGGGUCCGCAAUGACUGCAAGUUGGAUGAAGAGUUUCAGAACUUGAGAUCAGUUCAUUACACCUACGUCUGCCUGGCAUCUUCUGACCCUGGCCGCGACAAGGCGGCAAGGGAGAGACAGUUGGCUUUGGGCCGCUUCGAGCAGGUGCUCCAUGACCAGAUGGGCAGACCUCCCAGAUGCGAAGGGAGUUUCCAAAGAGUGCAGGAGCUGGAGCAGCAAGCCGUGGCCUUGCAGCAACAGGUGGAAGAGGCAGCGCGAACACGUGCCAACACUUCGCAGAGGCUGAGGGAGCUUGAAGAGGAACUUGCAGCAUCGCAGCGGGAGGUGGAAGCUGCAAGGCGCGAUCGUGCAGGUGCAGACAGGACUUUGUGGCAACAGGUGGAAGAGGCAGCGCAAACCCGUGCCAACAUUUCGCAGAGGCUGAGGGAGCUUGAAGAGGAACUUGCAGCAUCGCAGCGGGAGGUGGAAGCUGAAAGGCGCGAUCGUGAAGGUGCAGACAGGACUUUGCGGCAACAGGUGGAAGAGGCAGCGCAAACCCGUGCCAACACUUCGCAGAGGCUGAGGGAGCUUGAAGAGGAACUUGCAGCAUUGCAGCGGGAGGUGGAAGCUGAAAGGCGCGAUCGUGAAGGUGCAGACAGGACUUUGCGGCAACAGGUGGAAGAGGCAGCGCAAACCCGUGCCAACACUUCGCAGAGGCUGAGGGAGCUUGAAGAGGAACUUGCAGCAUCGCAGUGGGAGGUGGGAGCUGCAAGGCGCGAUCAUGAAGGUGCAGACAGGAUCCCGACACCUGCGCAAGAAACAGAGUUGCGCCCGGAGCAGGCCCAACAGAACCAGGUGCAAGCCUGCACUGAGUGCGAGGAGCAGAGGGCUGAGAUGAUGGUUUGCCAAGAACGCUGCAAAACUGUGAGUGCUCAGCUAUCUGGUUCAGACGACCAGAUAAGAUGGCUGAGGAAGAUUGUCGAGAAGACGCUUCGUGGUCCGCGUGCGACUGCUUGUGGUGAGACUCCUGGAGAUGUGUCGAGCCGCACUUCCAGCGAGACUUUGAGCCAGACUUCCAGCGAGAGUGCCUCCGCACUUGCGCGCGCGUUGGGGUUCCAAAUGGUUUAUGACGAGGCUGCAGAAGGCUCCCUCUCCUCAUCCACCUCCAGCUUGAGCCUGAAGUCUUACUUUUCAGUCCGGGCACCGGAUCCUUGCUGCUUCAUGCCCGAUGCUCUCUUCAGGAUGCGCAGUGAUUCCUUCGUGGAGGGACGGAGCUUGGUGGAGGGCUCACAAGUUGUGGCCUGGGAUGGAGAGACAGUUCUUAAGGUGGUCCAGCGAACAGUGAAGCAAGCCGGCGGGAAUCUGGUGGAUCUGCACGCCGGGCCCGCCCACUUGCGCGUGACCAAAGACCAUCUCAUCCUUGUGCCGGGUUCCAACCAAGGCACCAGCACGUAUGUGCCCGCCGGAAGCCUCAAGGAAGGCGACGUGGUGAUGCUCGACUCCGGGGAAGCUGCCGUGCUCACGCACGUGGGCGCGUGCAAGCUGCCGAAGCGCCAGGAGGUGCUCAGGCUGGUCUUCGAGCCCGACCUGCCCGUUGCAGUCUUCUCCUGGCCCCUGAGCAUCCUCAGCAAGGGCCACUGCCGACAGGAGAGCCGCCGAGGGGGCAUGUGUGAAAGAGCGAAGCCGAGUAAGCCUCAGGCCACAGAGGGCCACCCGGCGUCUGCACCGACAUGUCCCAUGGAGGCGGAUGGAGAAGGAAAUUCCCUCCCUCACUUGAAUCUUGAAGAGAUCUCUGGAAGAAUCCCUGACACUGCCAGUGACUUCAGCGAUUGA